UUGCGGCCGUUCACCGCAUACACAGCCAUCUCUCGCUCGUCGCGGAACUGUUUCCAACCGGUCGGGUCGGCCUUCACUUCCAUACAGAACUAUUGGAUAAAUUACCUCAUUGUAGCCCAAUUUACCAUCUUGUUGACUCCACGGUCCCUGUUUGCCGGGUCCGGUAGCCUCGGCUCCGAUGUCAUACUUGUUGGGGUCGGCGAGGAUCCAGGUGUGGCCCAUAAGUAUCCUAACAUCUUGGUCAUGCUUGCACCGUCCUUAUACCACUGUCUCAAAGUCUCCAGAGUCCAGGUGGCCGGGUCACCGAUGCCCACCUGUUUCUCCCACGAGCCGUGCAUAUCACUCUUACUGAUCGACGCGAUCAACGCUGAGACCGGUGACCACCGGCGAGACAGUAAUACCGAUUUGACAAACCCGUCGUUUUCGCUGGAAGUGAACGCACCCUUUGGUGUCCAGUCCAACAUCACUCCAUCGAAGUUAUAUGUGCUCAGGAAUGACAUAAUACUGUUGGUGAACGUACGGAUGUCCGAGUCGGUGGACACCACCUGGGUGAAACCGCUCGACAGUGACCACCCGCCGAUGGCCACCAACGCCUGGCCUUUGCCCUUGUUUUUCGAGAAGUUGUCCAAAUCGUCUGUAAGUAUUGGCGGAUUAGUUGCGAGUUUUGGGCCCCAAAUUAGUGUGAAAUUCUGGUUGAAUUAUGUGGUAAUACUUACGCAAUGUCUUCAUGAGGUACUCGUCGGCCAGUUUGAUAGUACUGUCCCUAUCGAUGCCCUGAUAGCCGUACACCAUAUGUGUGCACAGAGUGUUGUGAUUACUUACCUUGAGCACUUAAGCACAUGCACGAUACAGAAGUGGCAAAGAAUGGCGAAGAAGAUAAUGAGUUUGCAAAACGCGGACACAAUUAAGACGAGACACCGAAUCGUGUAUUGUAUGGGAAAGAGUGCUAUCAAAUACGGCGGUAUGAAUACGAGUGGACAGAAACAGAUGGCCAGUAGACCGAAAUGGCUGAGACACACCUCAAUCAUAACAGAUCUGACAUAUAUUCGGCGCCGAAGGGGAAUCAGUUCCGGUCGGGGAGACAUCACAGCCGCGUUGACCGGCCCUCCAAUCNACAUCGGAGCCGAGGCUACCGGACCCGGCAAACAGGGGCCGUGGAGUCAGCAAGAUGGUAAAUUGGGCUACAAUGAGUUCUGUAUGGAAGUGAAGGCCGACCCGACCGGUUGGAAACAGUUCCGCGACGAGCGAGAGAUGGCUGUGUAUGCGGUGAACGGCCGCAACUGGAUCUCCUACGAAGACGGCGUGUCGGCCGGCCUUAAGACGACCGCCAUUACCAAAGAGGGCUUCGGCGGUGUUGUGGUUCAGGCGCUGGAGAACGACGACUUCAAGGGUCUGUGCGGCGAGAAGUACCCCGUCUUGAGGGCCAUCAACAAAGCGCUGAACACAGACCCAGUGGUGUCGCCGACACACCCGCCGCCAACCGCAGCGCCCACUCACGCGCCGCAGGUGUGCACUCACGAGGGGCUGAUCCGCGACCCGAAGGACUGUCACUAUUACCACAAAUGUGUGGAAAUGUUUCCGGGAAUCUAUAGCGACGAUAAGGUCGCCUGCGAUGGAGUGCUGGUCUUCGAUGAGAAGGACGGCAAGUGUAAGGACAGACAAUUAGUUCCCGGAUGUUAG